AUUAUGAGUUCCCUCUUUGUUAAGUGCGUGGUUUGCCAACAAAGACCAGCUACCAUAAAGUGUAAUUAAUGUUAAUUGGGCUAAACUUAUCGAUUGUGUUAUAGUUGUGAUUCUUAGGUACACAACAAAAACAAUCCAUCAGAUGAACAGCAUAAAACUGAGAUCAUCCCAUAUCAAGAAAUGUAUCAAAAGGCUGGAUCUGCCUCCGCCUUGAAAGAUUCCUCCUUGAAAUCUAAAACCUGAAUAGUAGUAACAAAAACAAUAACCAUAAGGAAUAGCAAAACCUCAAUCCUCGGCUUCAUCUAAACAAUUCUCGAACAACUUUAAAUCAGUAAAGCCUGAUAUGCCUUAAAAAGAAGAAAUUUUGAAUAAUUAAAAACCUGUUAAAGAACCUGUUCAAUUGGUCUAAUAGCAAUCACUACCCAAUAAGUUUACUAACAAUUACAUUUACCCUCAAUCCCAAACCAAACAAAAAGUGGAACCCAAAUAAGAAGAGAUGCAAAGACAAAAUAACUCUGCAUCUUAUAUGAGCAACACUCAAAACAAUAAACUAAAGGAACAGAUCUCAGAAGAAUAGGACUAAAAUAAUGAACUCAGGAGAGAGAUACAAUAAACCAAGGACCAAAUCAAAAACAUCAAUAGUGAAAUCGAUAAGAAAAUAUAAUAAAAUUCAAGAGAAUUUGAAAAGAAAAUCAAUGACUUAAAGAAGGAAAGCACAGACGAAAAAAAAAAAAUUACUACUUUGACUGAUGAAGUUAAAAAAUUAACUGAAUAAGUUAAAAGUGUUGAUUAAUAGACUCAAAAGAAGUUGGAUCUUUCAAAGAAAUAAUAUGAAAAGUAGAUUAAAGAUAUGCAAUAAGUAAUCAACGAAAAACAACAAUAAAUUGAUGAAAUUGCUGAAGAAUUUUAAAAUUACAAUCUAGAAGACAUCUAAGCUAAAAUGGAAGAGAUGGCUGGGGAAAUAGAAGAGAAGGAUUAAAUCAUAGAAGAAUUGAAAAAUCAACUUGAAUAAGGAGGAGAUAGAAGGGAGGAUAAUGAAGAAUUAAAUCAAUAACUUGAAUUAAAGGAUGAAGAAAUCAAGAAGUUGGAGGGGCUUAUAGAAAAUUUUAAAUAAUUAUAUCAAUAAAUGUAAGAUGAAAAACAAGCGAUGAUGGAAGAGAAUGAGAAACUAUCAACAGAGAACAAUCAAUUCAGAGAAUUGUUUAGUUAAAAUCUUCACCUAUUUGGUAUUGAUCCAAAUCAAUUGGAAGAAGAAGAUGGGGAAGGCGAAUAAGAAGGAGAAGGAGAACAAUAUGAGCAGGAUGAAGAAGAGAAUUGA